GACAGGAGUGGCAGAGAAGACUCCUCGUGUGCUUUGCCACCAGAAAGUUCGCGCCAUGCACUUUUCGGUCACAGUCCCAACACAGACUCGCCUGGUCGGACUCACAGUAUAUUCCGGCGGCGCCUUAGCACAGCUCACAGUGGCACCUCCAUCUCAGCAAAAAAAGGGCUACGUUAGACCCAGAGGAACGGCUGAUGGUGAACUGUUAAAUGUUAACGGAAGCGUUAAGAGAGGGGCUGAUUUGCCACUGCAGGUGAGUUGAGGGGUUGAUUUGCGCGUGAAGUGUGUUAAGGGGGUGAUUUGCCACCAAUUGUUGAGUUGAGGGGGUGAUCUGCACCUUUUGCCUAUAAUUUACUCCAUGUUUUAUGAUAGAUAAUUAAAAUUAACAAUGGAGU